AGCCGCUAGGCCGCCUUUGAAUACGAACAACCUCUUGUCAGCACCACCCUGCCGCCUUUACGAGCUGUGUUCUAUUUUUCACUGCUAGCCCUUACUACACCGCGUAGCGUAAGCUUUAGACGGUCAGGGUGAUUCACGCAACGCUACCGGGAAGCUUGAGUAAGAGCGCGUUGCUCACUCCGGCAGCCUAUCGCCACGUGACUUUCCUUAUCGAGUCCUGUACUCUUUCCCCUGAUCCUUCGGCAAGCGACCCCAGACAAAACCAGAAAAAUGCCCGCCUUAGAUCCCAAAGUCGCCUCCCUCGUUGAUCGUGCUGCGCGCGACGACGACUCAGACGAAGAUGCGCUCAUUGCGUCUCUGGAAGACGACGAAGAGUUGGAUGCUUUUCGCGAGCAACGACUCCAGCAAUUACAUCACGAGUAUGACAAGGCACGGCGGCUAAAAGAGAACGAGCACGGCAGAUACACGGAAAUCAAGGACGAGAAGGCGUUGAUGGAUAUCACCACAAGCACGCAACUGUGUGUUGUUCACUUUUUCAAGCCCGACUUCAACCGGUGUCGUAUCAUGGACACACAUCUCGAGUCACUCGCUUUGUCUCACUACGAGGCCCGCUUCCUCAAAAUCAAUGUGGAGAACUGCCCUUUUCUAGUCACACGCCUAGGAGUUCAAGUUCUGCCUUGCGUUAUUGCCUUCAUCGAUGGUAUUGGGGCUGAUCGCAUUAUUGGAUUUGAGGGACUCGGUCAUACUGAGCAGAGCUUUACCACUCGCGAUCUGGAGGCGCGUCUCAUUCGUGCAAAUGUUCUUGCGAGAAACAAGGUCAACGAGGAGGAUGAGAGGCGGAGACUGCAGAACGCCAGGGCUAAGCAGCAAGAAGAUGAGGACCUGGACUGGGACUGAUAACCUCCACAUGUCAGCUCGGCUGAAGUGUCAGCGACGUCGGAUGCCUGUAAGAUGCAUUGAGCUGAGACGACGCGGACGCGCGUUGGAAACAAGAAGAUUGUAUGCAUGCUUGCAAAGCUGCAAUGAUCUGGUA